GAGCAGGACCAGGACUCGGACACGAGCCACAGCGAGCCUAUGUGAAAUAAAUAGCAGCAAACCCCGGCUCCCCCUUCGAUCCAUCAAUCCCUCAGUUCGUACGUUCCGGCUGCAAAGGCAACAACCGCUUCAGGUUUGCAUCAAUCGAUAGGGAAACCUGCCCCUGAGCAUCUGGACCCAGGUCCCAGGACGACGAUGAAGCUCGUCCAAAGCAACUUCGCCCGCGACGCGCCCGGCUACGCCAAGCUACUGCCGAAGGUGGACGACGACCUGUGGGACGCCUACAACCUGAUUCUUGCCGGCGACUCCGUUGAGGCGGUGACGUUCCGUAAGAUCACCAGGUCCGGCGGCCGCGACGCGGAGCGCGUGAAGCUGACGCUGGAAAUCGCCGUCGACUCCGUGGAGUACGACAAGGACGGCUCCGUCCUUCGCGUCCGCGGCAGGAACAUCAGCAAGAACGAGCACAUCCAAGUCGGCCAGUUCCACACCCUGGAGCUGGAGCUGAAGCGGCCCUUCGUGCUCCGCAAGGAGCUCUGGGACUGGCCGGCGCUCGACACCAUCAGGCAGUCCUGCGACGACACCGGUGCCAACGCCGACCUGGCGGUGCUUCUGAUGCAAGAAGGGCUCGCCCAGCUCUUCCUCGUCGGGCGAAGCGUGGCGGCGAACCGGGCGCGCGUCGAGGCGCCCAUCCCCAGGAAGCACGGCUCCGCGGCCGUGUCCGCCUACGACGCCGCGCUGAAGGGCUUCUUCGAGCGCGUCCUGGAAGCCUUCCUGAGCCACGUCGACUUCCAGGUCGUUAGGUGCGUCGUGGUGGCGAGCCCCGGGUUCACCAAGGAGCAGUUCCACGGCUACAUGCUCCUGGAGGCCGAGCGGCGGGGCCUGCGCGCCGUUCUGCAGAACAAGGCCCGGAUCGUGCUGGCCCGUGCGCCCUCGGGCUAUGCGCACAGCCUCCAGGAGGUCCUGGCCUGCCCCGGCGUCAAAGCGCUCGUCAAGGACACGCGGCUGGCGCAGGAGGCGCCCGCGCUGGAGGAGUUCUUUGCCAUGGUCAUAAAGGACUCCGACAGGGCUUGCUACGGGCCAAAACAUGUCGACGUCGCGCACGAACGCCUGGCCAUCCAGACCCUGCUGUUCACGGACACCAUGUUUAGGAACAGAGAAGUCGCCGCCAGGCGCAAGUGCGUCGACUUGGCUGAAGCCGUGAAGAAGCAAGGCGGCACCGUGCGGGUGUUUUCGUCCAUGCAUGUCUCCGGCAAUCAGCUGGAGCAGCUGACGGGGAUAGCGGCCAUCCUUCGCUUUCCCCUGCCGGAGUUGGACGACAUUGAGAUGUGAAUACGUCUCCAAGAGCCGCUCUUUUUUCUUUUUUCUUUUUCUCUGGAUAGCGGCCAUCCUUCGCUUUCCCCUGCCGGAGUUGGACGAGAUUGGGAUGUGAUAUACUCCCGUAUAUUACUCUUAUAGCAAUGUAAUUCUUUAAUUAGCUUGUUUCGAUCUUAACAUUCUAGUGCUUGUGCGGCCGGGACGCAGAGCGCGUGAAGCUGCUGUUGGAGAUCACCGUCUACUCCGCGGACUUGGAGGUCGUCAGGUGCGUCGUGGUCGCGAGCCCCAGGUUCACCAAGGAGCAGUUCCAUGGCUACAUGCUCCUUGAGGCCGAGCGUCGGAGCCUGCGCGCCCUUCUCCAGAACAAGGCCCGGAUCAUGCUGGCCCGCGCGACCUCGGGCUACACACACAGCCUCCAGGAGGUCCUGGCCUCCCCUGCCGUGAUGGCGCUGGUCAAGGACACGAGGCUCGCGCAAGUGGCGCCCCCGCGCUGAAGGAGUCCUUUGCCAUGAUCACCAAGGACGCCGACAGGGCUCGCUACGGGCCAAAGCACGCCGAGGUCGCCCACGAACGCCUCGCCAUGGAUACCUUGUUGCUCACGGACAAUAGUCAUAACGUAUCCUAUUCCAUAUAGUAUUUGGACGAUGGAUACUAAAAAAUUCCAAUGACCCCGACGAUGUGGGCAAUUUUUUUACAAACUCGUAAAGGUUUUAGACAGGUGAUCCUCUGUCCCCGAUCCUGUUUAAUAUUAUUGCAGAUAUGCUGGCCAUCCUAAUUGCUCGUGCCAAGGAGGAUGGCCAAGUUGGAGGA